AUGGUUAGAGGUUUAAUAAUUUACACUUGCAAUGAGAACUUCAAGUUUUCUGACAACAGCCGGAGCAAAACGAUCAUUUGUCAAAAUGACGGCACGUGGACUCAACUCGAUGGUAAAUGUAUCGCCACUCAUUGUGCACAAGCAUUGGUCGAUAAAACAGCCGAAGGCUUCCAAAUCUUUGAUGACAAAGAAAUUCCUCAGUCAGACUAUGGAAAUCAUAAAACCGAAGUGAAGGAGAAUAUCGAAUAUCAUUGUGAGCCCCCCAAAGUGCUUAGCACCGAUCCCACCAAAAAUCAGCUGGCCGUUCAAUGUCUGGAGAACGGAACAUACGCAUAUCCGCUUAUUUGGCCCCAAUGUGUGAUUCCCGUAGAAUGUGAGCCUCCUAGUGAUUCCCACGUGGAGAAUGGUCAUCUUCAACCACUUUCAAAGAACAUUUUUGGCAAGGACGAAAAAGUGCAGUAUGAAUGCGAUCAAUUCUUCGAAUUCGCUAAUGGACAACAGUUUGAAGAGCGGAGUUGUUACGAUGUCAACCUUUGGACCGAUAUUACCGAAGCUUGUGUUCCAACCCAUUGUGUGGGCGGAGUUCCAAGCGUUCCAAGUGCAUCUGGAAAGUACGAAUUCAUCGCCAACAAAAAUACGUAUUCCAGCGCCAACACCAUGGACAAUGUGGGCAUUCCUAUUGGCGAAUCUUUGACUUUUCAAUGUGCAGAUGGGGGCUUUUUCGAGGACCAGAAGAAAGCUUUAAAUAAAAGCUUCAGUGUGCCUUGUUUGCCCGGUGGAGUUUACCCAGCCAUUACAGAAUUUCCACUUUGUACCACCCAAAAGAAAUGCGUGGAUCCUUACCUUCCCGUGGUUCCGAAUCUGGUCGUGUCCAUUGUUAGUUCUGCUUUAUCUAAUGGCACAUUUAUUUACAAGGAUAGAAUCCGAUACGAGUGCAGUCCCAAGGAGUUUGCGCUACGAAGGGCCGGUGACAACCAAGACAUUCCAAGGGGGACACUUACCACUGUAUGCUUAUUCAAUCGGCUCUGGGCAAGCCCUGCCAGUGAUUUCAAAUGUGAACACUCUUUGAACAUGUUAGAUAUGACAACGAACUCAACAAUGGACAGUGACAGUUAUGGGGGGAAAUGA